GCAGGGGGAACUGGUGGGUGAAGGUCCAAGCAGGGGCUGCUGAGGGACCCCACUACGGGCUGUGCCCAGGGGCCAAGGCUGUGCCAGGCCCAGGGUGCCAGCCCUGGGGUUCACUGUGCCCUCCUUGCUCUGCAACUGUCCAUCAACCUGCGCCAAAGCACAGACCUGCCCUGCCACGAACCAAGCCCCCAGCGCCUGCCAUGAGCUGCCGAGACAGUGAGGGGCCAGUUGUGCCAUCCAUGGCGUGGUUGUGUCAUCCCUUGUGCCCGUGUCCUGUCCAUCAUGCGCUGGUGCUGCCCAGCGCACAGUUGUGCCCUCCACUAUGUGUUUGUAGGAUCCAUCAGUCCUGGUUCCGGCUGGCAUGGAGCUAAAAUAUUCUUCUCAGUAGCUGGCACAGUGCUGUGUUUUGGAUUCGGAAUGAGAAUAAUGUUGAUAACGCCAAUGUUUUGGUUUUUGCUAAAUUGUGUUUCUCCUAAGUCAAGGGCCUUGAGGGUUUUUUGUGCCUCAUGCUCUGCCAGUGAGAAGGUUCACAAAAGAAACUGGGAGGGAGCAUAGCCUGGGCAGGUGACCCAAACUGGCCAAAGGGAUAUUCCACACCAUAGACCAUCAUGCCCAGUAUAUAAACUGGGGAAAUUACCUGGGAGGGGCUGAUCUGGGUUUGGGAAGGGAGUCUGGCAUCAGUCAGCAAGUGGUGAGCAAUUGUAUUGUUUAUCACUUGGGGGUUUUUUCUUUCCCUUUUUUUAAUUAUUAUUACUUACCAUUAUUAUUGUAUUUGACUUUGUUUUCUAUUUUUAGACCGUUCUUAUCUCAACCUACAAGUUUCACUUUUGAUUCUCCUCCCUAUUCCAUGGGGUUGGAAGGGAGAAAAAGGGGGAUUGAGCGAGUGGCUGUGUGGUGCCUAAUUUCCAUCUGGGCUUAAACCACGACACUGUCACCCAGUUUGUGCCGUCAGUCCAUGACAGGUCUCACACCGGUGCUGCUGCACGGAGUUGCCAUGGCGCUGCACACCAUGCUGGUGACAGGGAUGAAACCAGAGUCAGCGGAGCCAUUGCAGGAUGUGCUUCCCCAGGAGCUUUGUCCCAGCCUGUGCCAGCUCCUGCCAUGCUCCUGCCACUCAGAACUCGCUGUGCUCCAGCACCAGGCGCCAGCGGCCAUCACUGGGGGGCUGCGACUUGCUCGGGGCAACUUUCCAGGAAGCCCAGGUGGAGAGGCCCCUCGGACCCCCUCCAUCCAGCCCCAUCAGAGAGCUGUGACUUGCAGCAGCGACGGCAGGGAUGCCCUGUCCCUCCCCUCCCUGCUCUCAGCACCCUUUGCGCCUGAAGAGCAAACAACAGGUCACUGCCCCUGCUUAUGGCUUCAGAGGAGGCUGCUGACCCAGGAGUGCAACCCACCGCCCCUGACAACCCCAUCCUCACCACCACCACCACCCCUGCAGCCCCUGCAGCCUCCACAGCCCCCACCAACCCUCCCAGCUGCAAGAAGAGCCUGAAGAAAAAGAAGAAGGCCAAGGCCAGGGGAGAUGCCCAGGAGGGAGGUGAUGAGGUGGCGGGGAGGGUGGCUGCGAUUGAGGGGCUCACACAAGCCGGGCGCCAGGCACUGGCACUGGGUGCCGGGCAGGAGGCAGUGGGGUGCUUCAGGAAGGCCCUGCUCCUCUCCAGGGACAUGGUGAGCACUCAGCUCUGCAGGGCUUGUGCCUUCAACCUGGGGGCUGCCUACGUGGAGACCGGGAAGCCCAGAAAGGCCCUUAAGUUCCUCCUCCAGUCCCAGCCCUUGGAGAGGGAGAAUGGGGAGCACUCGGGGGACCUUUAUUUCAACGCUGGGGCAGCUCAGGAAGGGCUUCAGGACUUUCCUAAGACUUGUUUUGGCAAAACCACUGGCCACAGUGACGGCGGUCGAGCAGGGACCCACAUGCAGAUGGGCUGCCGCUACCUGGGGAUGCGGGAGCCAGCACGAGCCGCACGGUGCUUCCUGGACGCGGCACAGACCUACACGGCAGCAGAGAGCCCCGAGGCCGCAGCGGUGGCUCUGAGCAGGGCGAGUGGCUCCAUGCUGCAGAGCCGGCGGUUCCGAGCGGCAGAGAUCACAGGGGUCCUCGCCCAGUGCCGCUCGCUCUGUGAGACCAUCCCCGACCCGGCCCUGCGAGGGAAACUCUACUUUGACAUCGGCCUGGGUUACUCCCAGCUCCACAUCUUCUCCCUGGCUGUUGAGAGCUUCGAGCGGGCCCUCGGGCUCUGCAGAGGAGAGCUGGAGCGGGACUGGCACCGGGAGGCUGCACUGCUGCAGAACCUGGGUGCUGCCCACAAUGCCCUGUGCAGUUUUGGCACAGCGCUGGGCUGGCACCAGCGCGCGGCCGCGCUGCACGGCACUCUGGGGAAACGGAGGGCACAGGGGCAGUGCUUCGGGAAUCUGGCAUACGCCUGGAGCCGGCUCGGGAACCAUGAGGCUGCCGCGGAGAACUACCUGCACGCCCUGCAAGCCUUCCGGGACUCAGGGGACGUGCAGGGGCAGUGGCAAGCAUGUGAGGGGCUGGGCACAGCCUGCUUCCACCUGGGAGACCCCCAGAAAGCCAUCGGGCACUACCAGGAGGCCCUGACUUUGCUUUCCCACUGCCAGGACACCCCCAGAGCUGCCCGAGAGCAGGUUGUGCACAAGCUCACAGAUGCCAUCCAGCACCGGCUCUGCCUCAGUGGCCGCCUCUCCCAGCGUGGGGGCCGAGUGCCCACCCCAGCUCUGCAGGAGCUCAGCCAGCUGCGGUUUUGCUCCAUGCUGCCCCAGGCCAGCGGGACACGGGUCCAGAGGAGUGAGGUGUCCUUUGGAGGGAAAGCCCAGGACCAGCUCUACAUGUAUGUGCCAGGAGCACAUCCCAAGCAUUCAGGCAGAGGAGUGGCCCUGACUGAUGGCCUCGCGCUGGAGCCCUGCAACCCACACAGCAUCCUGAGCACCUCUGGGGAGGAUGAGGGUGGUCCCGAUGUGGCUCCAGGGUGUCUGAGUCAGCCCCAGGCUAACAGUAACAGGACCACCCCCCUGUGCCUGGCCCCACCACCCCACACAGACCUCCAGCCAUGGCAUCGUGACCACCAAACCCUCCAGCCAAGGCCUCUGGAGCGCCCUGGCGAUGACCCCACUGCCACUGUCACCAGCUGCUGGCCCCGCCGGGAACCUCGCAGAGGGACCAGGACACUGUCCCUUGUCUGCAACCUUGUGUGACCAGCAGGACACGUGGGAGAUGCCGUUUCUCGGGAGGGCUCUCCAGCCCCAAGUUGGAGCAGGGGGGCCCAUUGAGCCAACACGGUUUUGACCCCA